AUGAAUAAAUCAGAGUCUGCUGGAGUAGAAAGAAUAAUAACUAACAAACAAAAAGCUGCAAAGCUGCUGCGCUAUAAACCUGCCCUAAAGGAAGCAGAGGGCAGGGGGAGGGUGGGGAGAGGGGUGUCAAUGCUCUCUAGAGACCGUCUCUGGAAACAUGCCCACCCAGCUCCACCCAGCUCCACCCAGCUCCACCCAUUACCAUGGGCACAAACUGAAGCACCUCAGAAUGUGAUCCAGUCGGUUAAAGAGAAGCUUCCUGUCUCCAUACUUGUUUCAUCUUUAUAUGACCAGAGGGUCGGCAUGGAGGAGACCAACUGA